AUGGAUUCUCAAGCUUCACCUCAUACAUCCAUCAGUAUACGGCCUCCUUUGCCACAGCAGAUUUCUAAUGCCAGAAAUAAUCCUGUCGCUGGCGGAUAUCCAGCACCGUCAUAUCUUCCGGUCGAUAUUAUGAUGUAUCACUCCACAGCUCCGUUGGUCAUCCCAAAUCCCUCAGUGUCGCCAUGUGUACUGACCCCUCCGUUCUUCUGUCAGACUUGUAUGAUGUAUUCGACAACUAAUAAUCCUUGCUCUGUACAUCACACUCCAAUUGCAUAUGGUCAGGCUUCUUCAAGUUACGCAGCUCUCAAUUCUCAAUCAGCAGCUUCACAACAAGUCGUUAAUAAUCCACAGAAUCCCACUGAUGCUAGGACUUCCUUACAUCAUCCCGGCACAACUGUGCAACAGGCAGUCAACCAGCAAAGACGAGACGUCAUUGAGAUGGCCCGUCAGAGCAAUGCGCCUUCUCUUCCCAACCCUCCUCGAUCAGUCACUAUGCGAAUGAAACGCGGCCAGCCGAUUCCUGCACGGGUCCAACAAUUGGAAUCGAUUGCUCAACGUCCAGCAAAACUUCGUCGGGUAGCUAGUGAUGGUUCUCGAGAAAUUCAGGCCAUUAGAGCAGAAGUGCAGCAACAGCAGGACAACACCCCCUCCACUUCUCAACUUGUUACUGGAACUGUACCUUCAUCUCAUGCUUGCGCAGGAAGUGCUCCUGGCCAGCGAUGCCCUCCGUGUACUCAAUGUUAUUGCUCUCACUGUCCUUUAUCUGCUGGUAGCAGUGCUCAUGCUCAUAUUGCUGCUUCCUCUCCACUCCUGUUAACAACUCAAGGAACUCCAUUUGCUUCACAGCUUUCGGCGCAGCAAAAUCUGCAGCAACAACAGCAAGUGCAGCAGAUCCGUUAUGUUCAAGAUUCUAUGCUGGCCAGUCAAAUGCAACAGUUUUAUGUGCAACCUCAUCAGCAACCUGCACACCAUCAUCAUCACCAGCAUCCACCUCCAAAUCCUUCGACUCCUCCAGCCUUUGUGGUUGCCGCUGCUGCUGCUCAUCAAGCUCAGCAACAACAACAAAUUCAGCAACAACUUCAUCAUCAAAAUCAAUUGUUCAGUCGUCUUAUACCACGGUCGCACUCGUUAUUCUUGCUCCCUGCUCGUCAUACAGGAGUUACACCGGUAAGUCGCGAACUUGCGGGUCGUGCAGAUCGGUUGUUGCGACUUCAGACUGGCUUCGAGCUCAACACCAUGUUGGUGAACGUAGUUCCAUCUGAAUUGAUUAUGGAUAGACCAAUGUUGGAUAGACAUCAUAUGUUCGCUCCCCCCAACUCAGAACCACAACCUGUGGGCCUAAAUAGUCAGGAGAUUGAUAAAUACACAGAGAAGAUUCAGUUCAUAAGAGAUGUAGAUGUGCCGGAAGAAGAGUUAGAACGAUGUACUGUUUGUCAGUGCGAAUUCGAAACGGGUGAAGAAAUUAGGAAUCUAGCCUGCACACAUCAAUUCCAUGUUGGAUGUAUUGAUCGUUGGCUUGGUUAUAAUAAGAAAUGUCCAGUUUGUCGGGUUGACAUCGACCAGCAGAAGGUCGUCCUAGUCGAAUAG